AUGGCUUCAGUAACAGAUGCCAGAUACAAGCAGAAAGAUACUUCAGAUCAAAAUUUUGAUUACAUGUUCAAACUCCUGAUCAUUGGCAACAGCAGCGUGGGUAAAACAUCCUUCCUCUUCAGAUACGCCGACGACACUUUCACACCAGCCUUUGUUAGUACAGUAGGAAUUGACUUCAAAGUGAAAACAGUUUAUAGGAAUGACAAGCGGGUGAAACUGCAGAUUUGGGAUACAGCUGGACAAGAAAGAUACAGGACCAUCACUACAGCCUACUACCGAGGAGCCAUGGGCUUCAUCCUCAUGUAUGAUAUCACCAGUGAAGACUCCUUCAAUGCAGUGCAGGACUGGGCCACACAAAUCAAGACUUACUCCUGGGACAAUGCACAAGUGAUCCUGGUUGGAAACAAAUGUGACAUGGAGGAUGAAAGAAUUGUUCCUGUGGAGAAGGGGAAACAUCUGGCGGAUCAGCUAGGUUUUGACUAUUUUGAAGCUAGUGCCAAAGAAAACAUCAAUGUAAGGCAGGUGUUUGAACGUCUCGUGGAUAUAAUCUGUGAAAAGAUGUCGGAGAGUAUAGAAUCAGACCCUUCCAGGGGCAAUUCUGGAAGGAGCAUGCGACUCACAGACAACCCACCCCCUUCGCAGCAGAACUGCUCAUGCUAGUGACCUUUCUUGCUGAGAAAUAUCCUUCUCCUUUCCUGACUAAAUGUUAUCUUUUGAUUUGUGGUGGUGCAUUAUCAUGUAGUCCAAAGGCAGAAAUCUCUGUUGUAGGAAAUUGGUAUGUUUGUUUAAUGUGCUGAAGUGUUAAUAUUAUAUAUUUCCUCAUCCAACAAUUCAAAAAAAAAUCUGACUAAAUAUUGUAAGUGCACCUAGUGUUAAUGUGAGUUACACUGAAGAAAAAGAAUUGUAUAGUGUUGCAAAUGU